UUCAGGCGACAUUCCGGUGAUCGUCAUAUAUUUCACUUCCUGUCAUAUAUAAACCUGCGUCAGCGCACAGUCUCAUAUAUCAAAUCUAGGUUUAAGGGUGCCUCAUCCUUUUUAACAAAUUCAAUCGAAAUUCUGUAUAUUCAGCAUGGGUGUCAGACGCCUGAAAAGCUACAUUGAGAACAAGACUGGCAUUUUAAGGGACUUGCAUUUUAGAGACAGUCGACUCAUAAUUGAUGGAUGUAACGUAUAUAAAACCCUUUACAUUAAAAAUGACCUGGAUCAAGAGCAUGGUGGAGAUUAUGAUGCCUUUGAAGAUCUGAUCACAAUUUUUUUUACCAACCUUAAAGACUGUGAUAUUCGCCCAUAUGUUGUACUCGAUGGUGGGGGACACCACACUGACAAAAAGUUUGAAACCACUUUAAAACGAGAUCAGGACAAAGGAAAAACAGCCAAUGAAUUGUCCUCGGGAAAUAAGGGAGAAUGCUUUCCACUUCUUAUUAAAAACGUGUUCAUGCAGACCCUUGAUAAACUAAAGGUGCCAUUGGUUCAAUGCAUUGAUGAUGCUGAUAUGGAGAUCGCCGCUUUGGCGAAACAGUGGAAGUGUCCGGUUUUGUCCAAUGAUAGCGACUUCUACAUAUUUGACCUCAAGGAGGGAAUUCUCCCUUUCGAACAUUUUUUGUGGAAAGCAGUACUCAACAAAAAAGGCAACGAAAAAUACAUCUUAACCAAACAUUACAAGGUGGAAAGAUUAUGUGCAUCUUUCAACAAUAUGAACAAGGCUCUCCUCCCGGUCUUUGCAUGCCUUUUAGGAAAUGAUUACACAAACCUGCAAAAUAUUGACAGGUGGGAAAGGCAUUCAAAUGGUGCUGGAAAGUUUGCACGUAUUGAAGGAUUGCUUUCCUGGUUAUCCAAGUCCCAAAGCCAAAAUCAGGCAAUAUAUAGAGUUCUUGAGCUUAUAAGAGACAGAAAGAAAAAGGAUAAAGUCUGUGAAGAAUUGUUAGAGGGCGUCAAAGAAUAUGAGAUCACAGGUGGUUCUCUUGUCCAAUUCUUUGACUCAAAAACACCAACAGCCUGUACAGGCCCACUGCAAGCUCUGCCCGAGUGGACUGUGAAGCAACUUAAUGAGGGAAAGAUGGGCUCCUUCCUCAUUAACAUAAUGGUACUGAAUAGGAUUAAAAUGCUCCCUCAAGUUGAAGAUUUCAAUCGCCCCAGUAGCAACGAUACAUCUCGUACCAUUCGACAGGUGCUUUACGGUUUAAUACUGUUGGGAGAACAACAAACGGCAGACAAACACGUUUUAGCUGCUCAAGCAUCUACUGAAACAGACAAGUGUUAUGUCACGGAGUUCGACAGAGAAGGAUUACAUCUUGCCAGCUCUAAAGUUGAAGCUGUACGGACAAAAGUGAAAGAAGGACUUCAGCUGAAAACAUUAUGCGAGGAAUCACAUCAUAUACGACUUCAGGUGUUCCAGGAUGUUUUGGGUGUGCCAACUGUCACUUUAGAAAACAUCCCACCGAACCUGAUUCUUGUGGUGUUCGUGACACACUUCUGGCUAGUGAAUGCACAGCCUCAGCCGAAACGUCGGCACCUUUGGAGUCUCCUACUGGGGAUGGUUCACGGAAGAUUCAGCUGCAACACACAAAGGGUUUGGAAUUCAGACAUUGAGUCGAAGCUCAAAAGUCAAGAGAGAAUCCCUUUGAACCCUGAGGCGGCUCAUCUGUACAGCCAAUGGCAGUCAUGUUUGUGGUGGGCUCUCUGUCUCAAUCGUUUACUGUGUCUUCCACUUCCUGAACCCGAGUGUGCACGGUUGUACUCUGGAACUCUGGUGCACCGGGUCGUUCAAGAAUUUAAGAGUGGCAUCAGACCAGAGUCUAUGCUGGUGAGGGACUCCAAAGCCGAGCACCUAUUCCUACUGUUGAAUGAUGCCAUUCUGAGUUUGGUGGAUGAAGACGUUAUGAAGACGUACAGUGAUCAAAGAUACAAAAAUUGGUCCACAUAUGAACUGAGCAGCAGCUUCGAAGAUCCGAAGUAUGAAUAUCCUGAAGACUGUAAUGGCGAAGAAGUCAAUAGAGAAGAAAUAGAGGCCAAAGGUCACGACGCAAACAAGAAUGAAUGUUUCCCCUACCCCAUCCGUACCAGACACAAAGCCAAAGAACGCAACUCUAAGUAUCCCUGUAAGAAAUUUGAGAGGGGAUGCUUUGAAUAUAUAUCUUGACUUUCCGAAAAGUAUUUACAUAAUACUUGUGCUCAGGGUUUUAAGAACGAUUUAAAGUGAGAUUAUAGCAGAAGUGGGAUCAAAUAAUUGCUUUGCAAGUCAGAAGUAAGUCUUUGCAUGCAAGUCUCGGUUGCAUGCAAGUCAAGUCCUGAGUCAAGACAAUCAAGUCCAAGUCGAGUCCAAUUCCUCAUCAAGUUUAAAGUUCAAGUCUUUAACAAGUCAUAUGUCCAUAACCAAAAGUCACGAGUUAUUCUUAGUCAUCAUUCGUAUCAUGAUAGUAGAUUAAAACAUUUGUUUUGUUAUCAGAAUGAAAUUUACAACAGUUUGUAAUGUAAAUAUUGUUUGCAUUAAGAGUACAUUGUUGCUCCUUCAGGUCAGCUACUAAAAUGAAUCUGGGCCGAGGCUUAAAUUAUAUUCCCUCUGAAGCUGAUAAACGAAGCAGAUUAUUUAACGCUUUUACACCAAUAAAACUAAAAUAACAUGAA